GUGGGAUGUGUGUGUGGAUGUGAAUGGAUCUGUGGCAGAUCUGCAGGAAAGCUCCUCAUUGAGAGAGAGAGAGAGAGAGAGAGAGGCAGUGAUGUACAGGUAGGUAGGAACCAGCCACUGCAACGCCUCCCAGCACAUCAAACCAGAUACAUCUCUGCAGGAGGACAGAGAGGAGGAGAGAGGAGAGAGAGAGGAGAGAGAGAGAGAGAGAGCAUCAUCGUCUGAGAGAGGAAGAAGGUAUGGCUGACAACUUGGGAUGUCAGGAACCCAUGUGAAAGGCAAGCGAGGAGCAGCCACGAAUUAACGUCUGACCUGACGUAGGUCCCGCAGUGAGAUGAACCUGUGCUGGAGUGAGAUCAAGAAGAAAUCUCACAAUAUCAGGGUUCGGCUGGAAGCCCUCUCUGACCACAGUGGUAAGCUGCAGUUGUCCCUGCAGGAGACCAUUGACUGGCUGACCCAGAAAGAUGAGGAACUGUCUAAGCAGCUGCCGUUCAGCGGGGACAUUGACUCGGUGGAGCAGCACAGCCAGUUCCACACCGCUUUCAUGGAAGAGGUGAAGGCUAAAGGUCCCUUCAUCCUGGCUACGCUGGACUCCGCCCAGGCCUUCUUAUCUCAGCAUCCCUUGGAGGGGGCAGAGGAGCCAGCACAAAACAAGGACUUGUCGCCGAAGCACAGAAUCCAGAACAUGAGCCGUUUCAUCUGGAAGCAGGCCAACGUGUCGAGCGAGAUGUGGGAGAGGCUGGGCGCCCGGUGCAUCGACCGUCACCGGCACAUCGAGAGGACCCUGGACAAGCUGCUGGAGCUCCAGGGAGGCAUGGAGGAGAUCGGGCUGGCCCUGAGCCAGGCAGAGGCCGUGCGGGAAUCUUGGGAGCCCGUGGGAGAUCUCUUCAUAGACUCUCUGCAGGAGCACAUCGAGUCCACUAAGAUGUUCAAAGAGGAGCUGGGGACUGUGAAGGACGGUAUGAAACUAGCUGAUGACCUGGCCCACCAAUUGGCCAUCUCUGACGUCCACCUCUCCACAGAGAACAGCCAACAUCUGGAGGAGCUGGGAUUCAGGUGGAAGGUUUUACAGACCACCAUAGAGGAACGUCUCAAGCAGUUACAAGAUGCCCAUCGAGACUUUGGCCCAGGCUCCCAACACUUUUUAUCCACUUCUGUCCAGGUUCCAUGGGAGCGGGCCAUCUCACCCAGCAAAGUGCCAUACUACAUCAAUCAUCAGGCCCAGACCACCUGCUGGGACCACCCAAAGAUGACUGAGCUGUACCAGUCACUAGCUGCCCUGAACAACAUAAAGUUCUCAGCGUACAGAACCGCCAUGAAGCUGAGACGGGUGCAGAAGGCACUGAGGCUGGAUCUCCUGAGCAUGAGCAGUGCCUCGGCCACCUUCAACCAGCAUGAGCUCCAGCACAGCGACCAGGCCAUCGAUGUGCUGCAGAUCAUCCAGUCCCUGACCGCCAUGUACGACCAGCUGGAGCAGGAGCGCGGCAUCAUCCUCAAUGUGCCUCUGUCUGUGGACAUGUGUCUCAACUGGCUCCUCAACGUCUAUGACACAGGUCGCAAUGGUAAGAUUCGAGCUCUGUCCUUCAAGACUGGAAUCGUCGCCUUGUGCAACGCGGAGGUGGAGGAGAAAUAUCAAUUCCUGUACGAGCAGGUGAGCGGAGCGGGCGGUCAGUGUGACCAGCGACAGCUCAGUUUGCUGCUGCACGAGGCCAUUCAGAUCCCGCGGCAGUUGGGGGAGGUGGCAGCCUUCGGGGGCAGCAACGUGGAGCCCAGCAUCAGGAGCUGCUUCCGCUUUGCUGAUGGGAAGCCGGUGAUCGAGGCCACUCACUUCCUGGAGUGGAUGAAGCUGGAGCCACAGUCCAUGGUGUGGCUGCCAGUCCUACACCGCCUGGUGUCAGCCGAGUCCGCCAAGCACCAGGCAAAGUGCCAUGUCUGUAAACAAUGUCCCAUUAAAGGCUUCAGGUACCGCAGUCUGAAGCAGUUUAACGUGGACAUCUGUCAGACCUGCUUCUUGACGGGAAGAGGUUCCAAGGGUCACAAGCUGCACUAUCCCAUCAUGGAAUACUGCUCUCCUACCACAUCGGGAGAGAACGUGAGGGACUUUGCCAAGACAUUGAAAAACAAGUUCAGGACGAAGCAGUAUUUCAGCCGACAUCCCCAGAGAGGGUAUCUCCCUGUCCAGUCCGUGAUGGAGGGAGACAGCAUCGACACGCCUGUCUCAUCUCCCCUCCUGCCACACGCGGAUACUCACUCCAGGAUAGAGCACUACGCCAGCAGACUGGCUGAGAUGGAAAACAAAAACUGUUCCUUCUUCAGCGGCAGCCUAUCCCCUGAUGAAAGCAUAGAUGACGAGCAGUUGGUGCUUCAGUAUUUCAGUGCUGGGACAGACCAGGACUCUCCCCAGAACUCCUCACACAGCCCGAGUCACCUGGUGGACAACGGAGGGAAGAACGAACUUCAGGCCAUUAUUGGCCACCUGGAGCAUGAGAAUAGGAUCCUGCAGGAGGAAUACAAGCGGCUGAAAUGGCAGCACGAGGAGGCGGCAAUAUCGGCCACGGGCCCCCCCCGGCCCCCUGGCUCCCCAGCUGGGCCCCAGGACACCGAGCUACUGGCCGAGGCCCGCAUCCUGCGGCAGCACAAGAGCCGGCUGGAGACCCGGAUGCAGAUCCUGGAGGAUCACAACAAACAGCUGGAAUCCCAGCUCCGCAGACUGCGGGAACUGCUCUUACAGCCUCCGGAAGACUCAGAGAAAAAUGGAUCGACAGCCUCCUCGGGCUCGGUCUCUCCCUGUCAUUCCCCAAACCAGCGAAUAGAUCCCGGGCGGAGCACACCAGAGGCGGAGAGAGUGGAUGAGCCAGAUGAUCAGCCAUUAUCCCGAGACACUGAGCUGCAGUUGGAGGACAUCAUGGAGCAGUUGAGGAAGUCAUUCCCUUCUCCCCAAGGCUCACCCUCGUACCACUAAAGGCUGGCUUAGGAACACGCCAUCAGCGAUGGAUGGCAUCUGAACGAGGCCCUCUGCUGGGACCAGCUUACCGGCAUCGACGCUCACCCAUCAGAGUUCCGUCAACUUUGGAUCCGCAAAUGUCCGAGGGAGCACCCGAUCUCAAGUCACCCAGAGAAACCCUCCUUUUGGGAAUCCCAACGAUUGGGCAAAGGUCCUCCCAGGCCUGUGUCAACAUCAAACAGAAAACUCUUCUCUGUCUUUGUCAUGUAACUAACCCAAGCUGAUGUACUACUGCCUACCCUGACGUAGGGGGAAGGUUUACGAUGGAGAACCCUGAUCUGGAAAUGUUUCUUUAACGGCAGUGGGAGGGGAAAUGGGUCGUUCCCGAUGCUUGACAGAAACAAACCCAAUAGAUCACUGAAUGGGGGAGUGGGUUUUUGAUGCCCCCUCUUGUCUGUAUCAAAAGCUUAGGCUGAUCACUUGUCAGAUUGGUGUGUAAGGUUGAAGUGCUUUUAUGCUUUUAACAAUGGUUUACAAGACAAGUCAUGGUGACACAGGGAGAGAGCAGGGAUUUGGCUGAGAUGGCUCCAGUGGAGGAACUGGCUUCAGAGGUGUACCCAAUGGCUUCCUAAGCCAGCAUUGAUGUGAUUGCGUGAGAUAGGAACAUCUGGGAGUUGAGUGGAUCUUGUUGUAUGUUGAGGGUAUCAGGUCUAAGGUUUGGGUUCUGGUCUCUUGACUGCGGAGCAGGAAUUGUGGGAUGUCACUUGCUCCAUAUCCCUGGAUACCCUGACUUAAAAAACAUCUAUCCACCUCAGUCUUAAAAGAGUCAGAUCAGUUUGGUCGGGAUGAAAGAGGCGGGAGAUGAUAGUGACACCAGAACUUGAAACUGUUGUCAAUUUAUAAAGGUUUAUUAAAAGUUGCCGCUCAGAGAACUGUGCCAAAGAUGAGUGAGCACAAUGAGGGAGGAAUGAUAGUAAGUGAUGCUGGAAAAGAU